UAAUAAAGAACUAAAAUUGCAAUUGCAGUGUAUUUUCCCGCACGGUAAACUACUCUCGUCGUAAACAUUAGCUUCCCUCAGUUCGCCUCCUUCUCCGUCCGCCGACCAAACUAAACCGUCCUCCGAUUUCCCAAACUCAACCGCUCGUCAUGGACUCCAUCCACGGAGCUCCGUCUCAUCUCACCUCCGCUCCGCCGCGUCCUCCGUCGGUAUCGCCGUUUACCGGCCGGGAAGACUGCUGGAGCGAAGAUGCUACUUUCACCCUCAUCGACGCCUGGGGUGAGCACUAUCUUGACCUCAACCGCGGUAAUCUCCGCCAGAAACACUGGCAGGAGGUUGCCGAUGCCGUCAACGACAUCCAUGCCGCCGGCAACAACAGGAAAGCGCGCCGAACCGACGUUCAGUGCAAAAACCGAAUCGACACGCUUAAAAAGAAGUACAAGAUCGAGAAGGCUAGGGUUUCCGAAACCGACGGCGGUUAUCAGAGUCCCUGGUCAUUCUUCUCCCGCCUCGACGCCCUCAUCGGCGAUACUUUUCCGAUAAAAAAACUCUCGCCGCCGGCAAACGUACGGACGACCCCUGCCGCAGUCAAACCUCCUCCUCUGCCUCCGCCGCCGGCGUGGAUAAUCUCACAUCCGGUUGGUCCCCGAUCCGGGACCCAGAAACGUCCGGCACUUGCGAAUAGGGACGACGCAUCCUUCAGGCGGAAUUUCUCGGCCUUCGCGGCUGCUGCUGCUGCGGCGGCAGAAGCAGAAAGCGAGGAGUCGGAGGAAUGGAGGUCUAGCAGUGGAACGGGAAGUGGGAAGAAGGGAAAGGAGAGUGAUAAGAAUUUGGAGUUCGGAUUCAGAGAACUAGCUCAGGCCAUAGAGAGGUUCGGCGAUAUAUAUGAGAGAGUUGAAGAUGCGAAACAGAGACAAAUGGUUGAAUUAGAGAAACAGAGGAUGCAAUUUGCGAAGGAUUUGGAGUUCCAGAGAAUGCAGCUAUUCAUGGAAACGCAGGUUCAGCUUCAGAAAAUCAAGCGUUCCAAACGUUCUUCUGGUUCCGACAGUUUAUCAUAGCAAGCGGUGAUAGAGAACCCUAUUGGGAAGAAUAGAUAGAUUUUACCUUUUGGACAUGGAAGCAUAUAUAGCCCUCUUUUUUCGAAUGAAAAUAAUAAUAUAGGAAAGGUAUUUCACAGUGAGGUUGAGGUUUGGUUGUAUUUAUAAUGUAAUGCUUGCUUUUGUGUAGUAAUUUUUCUUUCUUUUAUAUCACCUUUGAGGAACACCAGAAUAUAAAUGAACAAAGAGAUUGUGGAUUGGCUUACUCGGUGGAAACUUUCAUUUGUUAAAUUCAAUUGGAGUUAUAAUGAUGGCUUAAGUUAUUGAUAUUA